GUUUAAUGGAACAGCGCUUCUGCACGAAACAUUUUCAGAUAUAUAAAGAGGCUUUAGAUCAAUGGAUUCACACCCACAAUCCUGUCACUUGAUUCACCAUGAACUCCUAUCUGCAACUCCUCACCGUCCUUUGCCUGCUGGUUGGAAGCAGCAUCGGACAAACAAACUCGUUCAAUGGAUAUGGAAGAGGAACUGGAGAAGGAUAUGGAUUUGGAGAAGGUUAUGGUCAAGGAGCUGGCUAUGGGUAUGGAGAAGGAGCAGGUUUCGGAUAUGGUCAAGGAGCUGGUUACGGAUAUGGAGAAGGAGAAGGCUUUGGAUAUGGACAAGGAGCAGAUUCCGGAUAUGGAAGAGGCCUAGGGUAUGGUCAAGGAGCAGGUUAUGGCGCAGGCUCUGGUUACGGGGAAGGAGCAGGAUCUGGCUAUGGAUCAGGCGCUGGAGCCGGAUCCGGAGCUGGUGCUGGAUCAGGAUCUGGAGCUGGGAGAGGUGCUGAUUCUGGUGCUGAAUCUGGAGCAGGAGCUGGAUCUGGGGCAGGAGCUGGAUCUGGGGCAGGAGCUGGGGCAGGAGCUGGGGCAGGAGCUGGUUCUGGAGCUGGAGCUGAGUCUGGAUCAGGGGCAGGUACUGGAUCUGGAGCAGGAGCAGGAUCUGGGUCCGGAGCAGGAACUGUGUCUGGAAGAGGAUCUAGAGUAGGUUACAGUGAAGGUUCAAGCUCCGGAUAUAGUGCAGGCUCUGGAUAUGGUGCAGGAUCUGGAUAUGGCGCUGGCUCUGGAUAUGGUGCAGGCUCUGGAUAUGGUGCAGGAUCUGGAUAUGGUGCAGGAUCUGGAUAUGGUGCUGGUUCUGGUUAUGGUGCAGGCUCUGGAUAUGGAGCAGGUGCGGGUUACGGCGGUGGAUAUGGUUCUGGUGCAGGGUAUGGUGCUGGCGCUGGAUAUGGUGCAGGAGCUGGAUAUGGGGCAGGAUCGGGAUAUGGUGCAGGCGCAGGAUAUGGUGCAGGAGGAGGAUAUGGUGCAGGAGGAGGAUAUGGUGCAGGAGCAGGAUCUGGUGCAGGAGCAGGAUAUGGUGCAGGAGCAGGAUAUGGUGCAGGAGGAGGAUAUGGUGCAGGAGCAGGAUAUGGUGCAGGAGCCGGAUAUGGUGCAGGAGGAGGAUAUGGCGCAGGAGGAGGAUUUGGUGCAGGAGGAGGAUAUGGUGCAGGAGCCGGAUAUGGUGCAGGAGGAGGAUAUGGCGCAGGAGGAGGAUUUGGUGCAGGAGGAGGAUAUGGUGCAGGAGCCGGAUAUGGUGCAGGAGGAGGAUAUGGUGCAGGAGGAGGAUUUGGUGCAGGAGGAGGAUAUGGUGCAGGAGCCGGAUAUGGUGCAGGAGCGAUAUAGUUUUUGAUUGUCAUGUGUAUUACAAUACAAAUAAAAUUCAAUAUUUAAAAGCAA